GGCGUCAUCUUUACUAUAUAACUCGACAAGCCCUCACUCUUCUAAGUGACUCUUCUGUCAACGCAAUCAAAUUGAACUUUCUUUCUGCAACUACAAACAUCAGCAUCCUGAAAACCUGAAGCUGCGAAAGAAACCGGUGUAAAGAGAAGGGAACGACGAAGGAGGCGUUCACUGACCCAAGGUCCGACUGCAGCAGCCGGUACGAAGAACUGAGGAGAAAAGACGGAAAGUUUAGAAACACCCCGUGAAGCCUGAAGGAUUUUACGCCAGGUCACCGAAGAGCGCGUCGCCAGGAGACGUCCAGAGGAAGUUCUUGAGGUUCGGACGGGACGAAAAGAGAAGGAGACAAAGGGGAGCAGACCCUGUCGUCGGAGCCACCAUGGAGCCAGAAAAGAAGCAACUCACCUUCCCAUUGCUGAUGUGCGUCGGAGCUGCGGUCAUCGGCUCCCUGCAGUUUGGCUACAACACGGGCGUCAUCAAUGCCCCUCAGUCGGUCAUCGAGAAGUUCAUCAACGAGACGUACACUCAGCGCUACAACGAGCCCAUCUCUAAAUAUGCCCUCACAGCCAUCUGGUCCAUCACCGUCGCCAUCUUCCCCAUCGGUGGCAUCUUUGGCUCCUUCUCUGUCGGCCUCUUCGUGAACCGCCUGGGGAGGAGGAACUCCAUGCUCCUGGCCAACGUCCUGGCCUUCAUCGCAGCUGCUCUGGUGGGCUUCUCCAAAAUGGCCAACUCCUGGGAAAUGCUGAUCAUCGGCCGCUUUGUGGUCGGCCUCUUCUCCGGCCUGUCCGGUGGCUUUGUGCCUAUGUACAUAGGGGAGAUCUCGCCGACGUCCAUGCGAGGAGCCCUGGGAACCCUGCACCAGCUGGGCAUCGUCACCGGCAUCCUCAUCGCACAGGUGUUUGGACUGGAGUCGAUCAUGGGCAACGACAGCUUGUGGCCGCUGCUGAUGGGAUUCACCUUCAUCCCUGCUGUGAUUCAGUGCAUCCUGCUGCCUCUGUGCCCCGAGAGCCCGCGUUUCCUGCUCAUCAACAAGAACGAGGAGAACAAAGCCAAGUCCGUGCUGAAGAAGCUCAGGGGCACUCAGGACGUGAGCGCCGACAUGCAGGAGAUGAAGGACGAGAGUCGGCAGAUGAUGCGGGAGAAGAAGGUGACCAUCGUGGAGCUCUUCCGCUCGCCUCUCUACCGCCAGCCCCUCGUCAUAGCCGUCGUCCUGCAGCUCUCACAGCAGCUCUCCGGCAUCAACGCGGUUUUCUAUUACUCCACCCGCAUCUUCGAGAAGGCUGGUGUUCAGCAGCCGGUCUAUGCCACCAUCGGCACGGGAGUAGACACUGCUUUCACCGUGGUGUCGCUGUUUGUGGUUGAACGGGCCGGACGCAGGUCUCUGCACAUGGUGGGUCUGCUGGGAAUGGCCGUGUCCGCCGUCGUCAUGACGAUCGCCAUGGCUCUGCUGGACAGCGCCCCCUGGAUGUCGUACGUGACCAUCGUGGCCAUCUUCGCCUUCGUGGCCUUCUUUGAGAUCGGGCCGGGCCCCAUUCCCUGGUUCAUCGUGGCCGAGCUGUUCUCGCAGGGACCCCGGCCUUCGGCCACCGCGGUGGCCGGUUUGUCCAACUGGACGGCGAACUUCAUCGUGGGAAUGGGCUUCCAGUACGUGGAGGAGCUGUGCGGCCCCUACGUCUUCAUCAUCUUCACCGUGCUGCUGCUCGUCUUCUUCGUCUUCACCUACUUCAAGGUGCCCGAGACCAAGGGCCGCACGUUUGACGAGAUCUCAUCCGGCUUCCGGCGGACGAUGGUCGCCGGCGCAGAGAAGCACUCCCCAGAGGAGCUGAACAGCCUGGGGGCCGACUCCCCCCUCUGAGCCCCGGCUGCCUCUCACCCGCUGACGGGCCCUUCCUGCCACGGAGGAGGCUCUGCUAAGUAGAAGCAGACAGAUUUAUUGGUAGAACAAUCUUCAGACUGUCACCACAUUUCGGGCAUGUGUGAUUCUGCAACGUCGACGUCUUCUGCUGCCGUCACACAAACAUGGGUGGGAACAAUGUUGCUCUGCAGAUGUGGAGCGGGGAUGAGGUUUUUAAUAUUUAAUAUAUAUAUAUAUAUAUAUUUUAAAGAAGGAAAAUGAACCAACCAUUUUUAUAAAACCCUUUUCACUGAAUCUAUUCCUUAUACAUGUUAAUGCUCUGUUUUGUACCCUGUUACUAUCGUUAGUCUGUUUCAUCUGGUUCAAAGAUGCUUUAGCCAGUUCCUUUUAUGUUAUUUAUCAUACUGAAAAACGGUCACUGUAGAUUCGAGCACUGUAGAUACUGCACUCAGCUCCGAGUUUGUCCGUCAGACGGGGGCUCCGCCCCUAAAAUGCUCCCGAUGCUCCACCGAUGAGGAAUAAGUUGAACAAAUGCUGUUCUUUAUUUGAUAAUGAAAUGAAUGUGACUUAAAAGACACAGACGUAUUUUUGAAUACUUCUUACCUAUUGACGGUAGACAAAGUUCUUCCUGCUGCGUCUGUGUUCCAAUGAUACACUGGGUCAUCGUUCGUGGAUUUUCACACAUUCCUCUCCAGCUGUACAACUUACGAAACUCUCAUGGCUCCGUGCAAUAAGAACGAGCUGGGACGAAAAUGCGCUCAGCGGCCAGAAAUCCCAAAGAGCGUUUGAGCGUAGGUGCCUCCACUGGUUUCAGUCUUCCAGCUUUAUCGCGGAGGAGGAUUGACGACCUUCACCCCCUGGUUUCCCCACCGUUCGCUCGGCUCUGGAUGCAGUGCGAGCGGCGGCGAGUGGAGGUCUGACCACACGAGAACGAUGUCGGCCUUUUUCACUUCCACCUGACGGGUCGAGCUGCAGCGCUCAGUUGCACUGCCUGAUUAGGUGGAUGUUGGUGCCUUGUUCACGGAGUUCGACGGCGUUGUUUGUACCUGUCUCCCAUCGUCCCCUGUUUCUGUUGUACUGUAACUCCAUGUAGAAGUUUGGUUUUACUGCACCACGCUUUACAAGUCGCCUUCUUUUCGUUACGUUUCUAGCAGCACUUUAAGGAUUCUCACUGAUGUUUCUUCCUGAAUUCCUGGCGUAAAAACUUGUUUUUGAGAGACUGAAGUACUGCUAAUGGAUUACCUGAUGUUUGUUGUAAUGGGAACGUGUGGAAUUAUCAUUUGUUCAUGUCAUGUAGUGAUACUGGUCUUGUAUAAAGCACAAGUAAUUGUAGACGCACACAGUCACACCAGCCAGUUUGUUUCCAUUUCAGUCUUCAUUGGUUGUUACCUAUUGCUGAUAGUUAGUUCACCUCGAAGAUUCUGGAAAGCACUGUGACAUCCCCUGUGUGUAAAAGCAAAGGCCCUAGAUCACUAGUGCAAAUCUCCACCUUGUAUUUAAUGUACAUAGAGCGUUAAUGGUGACCUGGAGGCUGCAGGCUGGAGGUCUCAACACACGGGAUGUUGUAAAUAUGAAGCACACUACAGCUGCGCACAUGAGCUACGCUGUUUAACUCUCUGAAUAGAAACCUGCUCAGUUCUGUGCUGUGCAUCUCUGCAUCUAACUGUCUUCUGUUCCUGUCUGGAUCGACAAAGCAUGACUGCAGUCAUAACUAGAGUUUAAAUAUAGAUUUCACAUUUUAGGACUGUGUUAAUGAGAUGCCUGUAGUAGUGUUUUAAUUUUGGCGCACAAAGCAUAUUCUGAUGUUUAUGUUAACGGAUGUGAGCGUGGUGUUGGAAUGUGAACCCCUGCUGGGGGACAAAUGGAUGGUGUGUUGAUGCUUUCAUAUGCUUUGUUUUGGUGGUUUUUAGCCAAAUAAAUAAGUUAUGUAUACAGA